AUGCCAGCUACUGCCGUGCCGAGCUCCAGCUUUUAUACCAGCUUCGCCCUACAUGUUGCCUGGCUUGUUUCCUGCGCAAUUAUCUUUAGCUGUGUGCGUAUAUACCUUUUUGCCGACAUGCGGUUGUUUGAAUGGAUGGCCCUCGGGUCUAUAGUGGGAUCUGCGGUGGCACUUACCCCAGAACAGCUCAUCACUGCCCCGAGGCGAAGUGAAGCUAUUCCUAACCCAUCUGGGGAAGUUGCGUUGUUUUCUACAUCGCAGUACUCUUUUGAAUCCCACAAAACGUCGUCGUGGUGGAGUCUUUUGGACCUGGAGUCUGGCAAGAUCACCCAGCUCACCAAUGAUAGCAAUGUGUCUGAGUUAAUUUGGCUGGGGUCGACUGACUCGGGUCUGUUGUAUAUCAACGGCACCAAUGCCGAUAUCCCUGGCGGCGCCGAGGUUUGGGUGUCGGAUACCUCUGAUUUCGUCCAUUCUGCUUACAAGGCGGCAUCACUGCCGGCCCCGCUGUCUGGUCUCAAGACAGCCAUUACCAAGUCUGGAGACAUUAACUUCCUGGUGUAUGGAGAGUCCUAUGGCAAUGGAACCGCCUACAACGAGGAACUUGCAGCUACGCCUUUGAGCUCGGCUCGUAUCUAUGACAGCAUCUACACCCGUCACUGGGACACCUGGCUCACCACGAGAUUCAAUGCUGUUUUUUCCGGAUCUUUGAGAAAGAAGAGAGCCGGACAAGGCGCAACAUCUCGCUACACGUGCAAUGGAUCUCUCAAGAACCUCGUUGCCGCGGUGAAGAACCUCGAAUCCCCUAGCCCUCCCUUUGGCGAUGCGUCUGAUUAUGACAUCUCGCCCAACGGCAAGUUGGUCGCGUUCAAGAGCAAGGCACCUGAAUUGCCGCGUGCCAACAACACUGCUUCUUAUAUUUAUCUCGUGCCUCAUGACGGGUCUAAGAAGCCUGUUGCAAUCAAUGGUCCGGACAGUCCUGGUACGCCAGAGGAUAUCAAGGGUGAUUCUAGCAGUCCUGUGUUCUCUCCAGAUGGCCGUCGCAUUGCCUACCUUCAAAUGAAGGACGUGGCAUAUGAAUCGGACCGCCGUACUCUCUAUGUCUACACCAUUGACUCCAAGGAGACGAUCCCAAGUUUGGCCAAGGACUGGGACCGCUCACCAAGCGCUGUCAAAUGGUCUGCUGAUGGAAAGCAUCUCUUUGCAAACACCGAGGAUCAUGCCCGUACACGCCUGUUCUUAUUGCCUGCCAAUGCUGGUGAUGAUUUCACACCCAAGAAUUUCACCAACGGUGGCUCCGUGAGUGCCUACUACAACCUGCCCAACGGCGAGGUUUUGGUAUCUGGCACUGCUAUCUGGACCAGCUGGACAGUUUACACCACAAAGCCAGGCAAGGGUCUGACCAAGAUUCUCUUCUCUGCCAAUGCAGUCGAUCCUGGUCUGAAGGGUCUGAGUCCCGCUGAUGUUGAUGAGUUCCACUACAAAGGCAACUGGACUGAUAUUCAAUCUUGGCUUAUUUAUCCUCCCGGAUUUGAUAAGUCGAAGAAAUACCCUCUUUUGUUCUAUAUCCACGGUGGUCCUCAGGGUGCUUGGGGCGAUUCCUGGAGCAGUCGCUGGAACUACAAAGCCUUUGCUGACCAAGGAUAUGUGGUUGUUGCACCUAACCCAACUGGUAGUACAGGAUUUGGUGAUAAGCUGACGGACAUGAUCACAAACAACUGGGGUAGCUACCCCUACGAUGAUUUGGUCAAGUGCUGGGAGUAUGUCCGCGACAACUUCGACUUCAUUGAUACAGACCACGGAGUGGCAGCCGGUGCCAGCUACGGUGGGUUCAUGAUCAAUUGGAUUCAAGGAAACCCUCUCGGUCGUGAAUUCAAGGCAUUGGUUAGCCACGACGGAACAUUCGUCGCCGACGCCAAGAUCUCGACAGAGGAAUUGUGGUUCAUCGAGCAUGAUUUCAAUGGCACCUUUUGGGCUAACCGAGACAACUACCGCCGCUGGGAUCCAUCUUCUCCCGAACACAUCCUGCAAUUCGAUACACCACAGCUCAUCAUCCACAGCUCAAAGGACUACCGUCUUCCUGUCUCAGAAGGUCUGGCUUUGUUCAAUGUUUUGCAAGAACGGGGCGUCCCUAGUCGACUGCUCAACUUCCCGGAUGAGAACCACUGGGUCCUCAACAAGGAGAACAGUCUUGUAUGGCAUCAACAGGUUCUUGGAUGGCUGAACAAGUAUUCAGGCAUUGAUGCCCCGGGUACUGUCAGUCUGAAUGAUACCACCAUUCCUGUUGUGGACUAUGAUCCUUGA